UGCGCAAAAAAACUAGUUCUGCACAGAGCAGUGUUCUACGCCUCGCUGAGAAGAAAACGUGGUAGCAUGUGACAAGCAGCUGAAUUCUGAAUUUUAGAUACACUCAUGAUGAGAUUUCUGGCUUGGGAGAUGACGCCAUAAAGUAUUCACAGAAAGGUGAGAAGGAGGGUGUGGAGAUGGGGCUCUCUCUGGGGAGACACAACGAGGAUGAGGAGGCCAUCAUCCCGGAGGGCGGGAGGAAGGUGCUGCGGGCGGAGCAGAAUGGAGCGGGGGACACGCUGGACUGCCCCACCUGCCGGGGGACAGGGCGCAUCCCGCGAGGCCAGGAGAGCCAGCUGGUGGCGGUCAUCCCCUGUACUGACCAGAGGCUGAAGCCCCGACGCACGAAGCUGUACGUGUCCGUGUCAGUGACACUCUGCCUCCUUGCCAGCUCACUGGUCCUCUUCUUCCUCUUCCCCCGGAGUGUCCUGCUGUCACCUGUGGCGGUCAAGUCUGUCUACGUCUACUUCACUCCUGACACGGUCGAUAUGACCAUCACUAACGUCCUCAACAUCACCAACAACAACUUCGCCAUCGUCCAGGCCAGCGACCUCGGUGUCCAGGUGCUCUUCUAUGACACGGUCUUGGGCACAGUUGGGAUCACCAAUGUCACCACCGUCAAGCCACGCUCCGCGACAGCAUACACGUACGACAUUCCCAUCCAGAUCAGCGACAUGGGACUAAACUCUUACUGCAAGUCGACCGCCAUCAGGAUUCACACCUUGUUCCUGCACCUGCAAUUAACAAUGAAGGUGUACUACCUGUCUCACUCAGAGCAGCUGUCUCUGGACACCUUUGAGUACAUCGACUGUGGGACCAACACCACUGUUCCUCACUACUUUUGAACCCCCACCCCUGGGACUGGAAGCCAGUGGGAGAUUGUUGGGGGGGUUUUGCUGGGCAUGAAGGACACAAGCCCUAGGACACAAGCUUGAGCGGUGCCAAGGGCGAGGGCCUUAGCACUACCUACCACUCGGUCCCAAAUUCUGCUGACCCGCGAGCUGGACUCGAUCCCACGCCAGCAGAAGCCCGUUCCCGCGGUGAGAAAUUCUGUAAAAGGUACCGAGGUUGUGCUCCAAAGCAGGGUCCAAACCAAGGCCGCACCAUUAAACACACAUUUGAUUUUAGUGUCACAUUUUAUCAGCGUAGAGCUUCACUUAUGGAGGGCAAGGUUCCCUGUGUUAUGUGAACUGUCAGUUAGUCUUCUGCUUAGAGGUAGGAAAGCCCUGUAAUGAUUUUGCUGUCAGAUCACAUUUUUCCUGCAGCAUGACAUAGGGAAGUUCUGUAUUCUCAACCUCUCCAAGAUUCUUAAAGCUGUACAAAAUACACUGCAUGGAUAUUCGCUCAUUUACUGACUUAAAACUCUUUAAUGGGUGUCAUGAUGGGAACUCUAGCUAUGAUUAAAGCUGUUUAUUUCAGUUUUAAUCCUGCUGAACAUAAUUGACAAAAAUAUGUGUCGCCUUACCAACUGGUAUUGAUUUAAAUUAACACUUUAAUUGCUGUUCUUUAACUGAACUUGAUUAACUUGCACAGUCUCACUUAAAUCAAUGGGUACCAGAAGGAUAUUUUGGUUCAAAUCCACUUGCACUACUGAAUUUAUAGCAUAGAUAAUUAUGAUGCUUGUUUUACUUGCAAGCUACAUUAAGGUCCUUUCCAUAGAAAUGCUGUACAUUUUAAGGGCUUCACAGUUAAAAAUAAAAAUGAAUAGAUGUUGCUUUGGAAUUGUUGUUUAAGUCCUGACAUUUUUGGCAUAAAGAUGUGUUAAAAGUAUUCAGCUUUCGUUUUUCAGUUCAUCUGUUCUCUCUGCUGUAAACAGAUUUCGACCAGAUAUUUUUGGCAGAGGAAGAGACUGUGGUUAAAACCACUGGUUCUUCCAGUUGCAUGUUGUGAUUGUUUCCGGCUUCUGGCUGCCUGUUCUCUGUGGGCCUACUAACCACUAGGUGGCGACAGAGCUCUGUGUUUCCUGCUAUUGAAUUGUCAAUGGAGAAAGAGUAUGUUGUAAUUGGGUAUCAUGUAAGUUCAUGUUGUUCAAUAGCAGUAGCAGUAGGC